AUGGCGAAACCGACGCUCGAAGGCCUCCCAGCUGAGCUGCUUCUGAUCGUUCUGUCUCAGGUCUCAGAUUGGGAGUCUCUGAGGUCCAUCGUGCAUGCAUCACCAACUUGUCACAGCGUAUAUCUCAUUGUGCGUAGUGAGUUGCUUUGUGGCAUUUUGAAAAGGCAAUAUGGAGCACUUCUGGAUCUACCCGAGGCAAUCCUUGCCAUUCGCUCAAAAGGCCUUUUUUUCUUCGAAAACAAAGAGAAGGUCAUUGCCUUGUUAGACACCUGGCGUCGCAGGGAAGAGAUCAAACGACUGUCUUCAAUGUCUGCGACUCGACUGGAUGAGCCCGAUAGCCUAGAAGAGACUAUCGACUUGCUCUGGCUACACAAGGAAUUACAGUUCUUUCUGAAAGACUACUCGACGAACGUACCACGACCUUCGUGGAUAGAUCCAGCUCAGUGGAAUCACGAAUUACCAAUCCAGAUGUCACAUGCCGAACAACGCCGGUUCAUGAGAGCACUAUGUCGGUUAUACACCCAUGCCAAUAUUUUUGGGCAACCAGAAAAACACCCGUAUGACGGUUGUGAACUGAGAAUCAACACGUUCGACGACGAAGAGGCAUAUCGCAUCUUUUUCGGAACAAUGCCCCCUUGGGAAUAUGAAGAAAUGGGGUGCGUGUGGUCUUAUCUCAGACUCAAAUACGAUCCAGUCUACAAGGAGAUUACCGACACGCUAAGUGCGCUGAUCCAAAGCGCUAAAUCGAGCAAAAGGGAGUGCUUCUGGUUUCGGGAUGUCAUUCCAAAAGACCAAUAUCCACCAAACUGGUCUGUCCUAGUGGAUUGUGUCGAUUGUCUUGAAGAGAUUCCCGACUAUACAGACGGAUUAGCCUCCAUUGGUCCAGGGUUUCUUUACCGUGUCCUGCAUGCGAAGCCUCUAGUUCGACGCAAUAUGGUUAUGGCAAAUCUUGAUUCCUUUCCAUGUGAUACCUUUAUUGGAUUGGGACUCGGGAUAUCUUGGGAUGAGAGACUGCCUCUCACUGAUCCAGCAGAUCGACAUGAUGUUCCGGAUUUCGAACACUACUGGUCGAACUUGCCACCUCUUGAACAGCCUAACCUCGGCUGGAAAAGAUUGGGCUUAGUUCCUCACACGCCCGACCAAACACUCCAAGAGGCGCUUGAAUAUUUCCACAACCGGGAAAGAGAAGCAGAAUGGCUAUGGGGGUAUGCACUGUGGGAUGCUGAGAGGCUGAAAGCAUGGAAAGCCCCUCAAGUUUAA